AUGGGGAAGGUGAUGGAGGUGACCAGGGGUUUUGCCGCCAUCGAAAAUGGCCCAGAUCCAGUGAAAAUCAAGACGAUGAAGUGUGUGAAUCAUUUGGAGUUGUUCCAUAAUAUCAACAACGAAAACAUUGCAAACCAAGGGCGAUUGCUCGGUUUGGACGUAGGAACAAAGUACGUUAGAGUGGCUAUUUUUGAUCCGGAUAAUAAGCAUGCAAUAGGUUUGAAUGUUCUGUAUAGGAGUGAUGGAAUUGAUUACAAUUCUGAUGAACUUAUAAAAAUGGAAAUGCAAAAAGAAGUGGCGGAUUUUGUUGAUAUGCUCUCUACAACAGGAAAGCUUAAAGGUUUAGAGUACACCUAUCAAGAUGAGAAUCAUUCAACAAAGGAAGCAGAACAACUCUGCUGCUUGUGUGAUAUUGCAGCUCAAGCAUAUGCAUUAUUUGGUUCAAUUUGA